GGCCGGUGAUGGUUGUUCGGACCCCGUUUCCCGGGACAGAUGAGCAUGGCCUGAAGAUUCAACAAGCUGCAGAUGCUGCAGCUGAAGAACCAUUGGAAUUUUGUUCCAAGGUGUCUGAGGAAUUUAGGACAUCAUUUCAACAGUCCCUAGUUUCAUACACAGAUUACAUUCGAACCACAGAAGAACGUCACAAAAGUGCUGUGCAACAUUUUUGGUGUGUCUUGCGUGACAAGGGAUACCUCUACCAAGGAGCAUAUGAGGGAUGGUAUUCCAUUCCAGAUGAGUCUUUCCUGUCUGAUUCACAGGUUGUGGAAAGAAAGGAUGCACAUGGGAACAUCGUUAAAAUAUCUUUGGAGAGUGGACACAAGGUAGAAUGGACUAAAGAAGAAAAUUACAUGUUCAGGCUGUCUGAGUUUAGACCAAUGUUGUUAGAAUGGUUGAAGAAAAAUCCACAUGCAAUAUACCCUGAAAAAUUCCAUCACCUUGUUGUCCAUUGGCUACAGGAAGAAAUUCCAGACUUAUCAGUGUCACGACAGAGGAACCGUUUGAAGUGGGGUAUCCCAGUUCCUGGAGAUUCAACACAAACAAUUUAUGUAUGGUUAGAUGCCUUAGUUAAUUAUCUUACUGUAGCAGGUUAUCCAGAGGAUCAUAAUCAUUGGUGGUCUACAGUACUUCACAUUGUUGGGAAGGAUAUUCUUAAGUUCCAUGCUAUAUAUUGGCCUGCUUUCCUAAUGGCAGCUGGCCUGCAGUUACCAAAGCAAAUCUGUGUACAUUCACAUUGGACAGUCAAUAACCAGAAGAUGUCCAAGAGCCUUGGGAAUGUUAUUGAUCCCAUGGAACAAUUUUCUGUGUACACUGCUGAUGGCUUCAGAUAUUUUUUGCUGCGGCAAGGUGUGCCAGAAACAGACAGUGACUAUUACGAUGAUAAAGUGCUUAAAGUUCUAAAUGCAGAGCUUGCAGAUGCGUUGGGAGGUCUCCUUAACCGUUGUACAGGCACACGCAUGAAUCCUGACCAAAUCUACUCAUCGUUUUCAAAUCACUGUUUUCCUAAGAGGCCCUGCAGGGGCCAUUCAGGUAGAGCAAUGGCUGAGGAUUACAAAAUGAUCCAAUUGGUUGAGCAGCUACCUUUGGAUGUUGAACACUGCUUUGAAAAGUUUCAAAUUUAUAAAGCUUUAGAAGCCAUCAAUUUUUGCAUUCGGUUAACAAACAGCUUUUUCCAACGGCAUGCUCCUUGGAAGCUUGACCGAAAAAAUGCUGAAGAUCGCUGUUGGCUGGAUACUGUGCUUCAUGUUACUUUGGAGUGCUUGCGGGUUUAUGGGACCCUUUUGCAGCCAGUGGUGCCAACAAUUGCUAACAAAUUGCUUUCACGGUUGGCUGUUGGGCCACAGGAACGAGACUGGAAACAUUUGAACUUCUUGGCCAGAUACCAUAAUAGUAUUUGCCUUUUUGAAGGAAGAAAGUUAGGGCCUGAUACGGGACUCCUAUUUAACAGAUUGGAAAGGACAGAUAAAACACAGCAAAGCUCAAGGCAAUUGAAGAUGAUGAAAAUGCAACAUAUUCUAAAAUGAAUUUGAGUUAUUUAAGCUCAGCCACAUGCAAAUAAUGUGUCCUGAAUAUAUUGCAGACAUAUUGAGGGUGGACAAAAACAGAAACAGAAAUACCUGGAAAAACUCAUCAGCUGUGGCAGCAUUGGCGGAGAGGAGCAUAGUUGAUGUUUCGAGUCCUCAUGACCCUUCAACGG